CUCGCCGUUAACUCAACGUUGUCAACGUCAUACCAUUAUUCUACGACUACUACUACUGACGCAUCUUACUGGUGUUACUGGGGACACAUUCACGAUUGUUGCUCCAACCAUUUGAGCUAUCUGAUCAUCAGAAGUAUCCUGGCCGAACUGUGCUACGGUUAUAUCCAAACGGAAGUUAAAGGGAGGUUACUGUAUAUACAAAACAACACAGUGGGUGUGACAAGCAUCCUUAAAUGCUUGUUUUUCCUUGUACAAAUCUACCAGGAGUCAAACAACUACGAGAUGAAGAAUCAGGUAGUACACACAGAAUUCGUAGACACAGGGUACGGUAAGAACUAUGUCAAGUUGCUUCAGCUAAGACGAGAGGGCGAUGCCCACCACAUUCAGGAGCUGGAGGUUAGCGUAGAACUCACCCUCAAUAACCAGCGAGAAUAUCUUUAUGGAGACAACACCGACAUCAUCGCCACCGAUUCACAGAAAAACACCGUCUACAUUCUUGCCAGAAAAUUUGGGGUGAAGACCCCAGAACAGUUUGCACUACUCCUGUGUAACCACUUCCUCACAAAGUACAGUCAUGUGGACAAGGCAAAAGUCUACAUUGAACAGGCUCCUUGGAAAAGGAUGGAAAUCGAUGGGGAUAAACAUGUCCACGCAUUUCUGAUCAGCGAUGAAGCCACACGGUUCUGUGACUGUGUACAGGCCAGAGGAGGCAAACCUUUGGUGUCUGCUGGCCUGAAAAAGAUGAAGAUUCUGAAAACAACACAGUCAGCCUUUACAGGGUUUGUGAAGGACGAGUUCCGGACACUGCCUGAUGCUAAUGACCGAUUGUUCUGUACCGUGGUCGAUUCCAAAUGGUGGUACAACACUGUGGACCAUGUCAACUUUGACAAAGUAUGGGACACAGUGAAGCAGGUGAUACUGGAGACAUUUGCCGGCCCAGCACAUGAGGGUGUGUUCUCUCCCUCCGUACAGAAUACUCUCUUCAUCACAGAGAAACAUGUACUGGCUGGAGUUCCUCAGAUAGAGAAGAUGGAGAUGGAGCUCCCCAAUGUCCACUACUUUGGUGUCGACUUCACUCGAUUCCCAAAGAUCAACUUUGAAAAUAAUACAAAUGAAAUCUACAUGCCGACUGACAAACCAUCAGGAAACAUCCGUGCUGCCAUAGAGAGGAAACACAUGUCAAAGCUGUAAAGAUGAACAAUGGCCGAUAGUUGUUUAUAAUGCAUAGCUAACGUCUUCUGAGGAUAGUUAAAUCAUGAUGUUGUUGAGAAUCUGGACAUUAUUUCAUCCUAAAAUAACACUGUGAAACUAUACCUGGUUAUAACCUCAACAGAUAGACAUAAAGGUUUCAUAAAGGUUUCAGUACAUUAAAUUUUCUUAUUGUACGCGACAUCAAAUUGAAUUCCAAUGGAGCAGGACAACAUGAAAGGAUAAAAUUGUGUGAAUGAUUACUAACAGUGCUAUAAACGAUCCUUUUAAGACAAAAAUUAACAAAAGUUGAAAAGUAGCAUACACAUUUGUAUGUCAUUAAUCAGGACUCAAGUUAUAUACAAAAUAUCAGAAUAAAGAAAACCUGACAAUAUGUCAAUCAUGACUUAUAUCUGGUCACAUUUUACUGUAUUGCUUUCAGAUUUGUAAGGAACAUGUUGAGGAAUGGUCAUUUGAUAAAAUAUAUGUUUGUUGAAUCAGUACAUGCGAGUCCUUAUAGCAGGUUUUCCAGAUCAAUGGAGCCCAGAUUGACAAGGUUUGACAGUACAAACUAAAUACAAAACAAAUUUUAAUAUGGGUUGGGAUAAAAGGUUAUAUUUAAAUUUCAGUUUUAUGUUUCAUUGGCUGUGAUUGGUUAGGUCAGGGCUAAUUUUGAUAACAAGACAGGUAAUUCUUGAAUCGCUGCCAAAAAAUUACUGCAAAAAACUAUGCCUAUGCGAAUAGCUAUGAUAUCCUCUCCCCCAUUAGUAUAGCAGUGGUGCCCGCUCCUUCUAUGGGUAGUGUUGUGGUGACCCCUGUCCCUUUAGUAUAAAUGUAGAAAUGAUGCCCCAACCCUUUGGGGCAUAUAACUGGUUCCCCCUUUCCCCCAGUGGUAAAGCAGUGGUGCUCCUCCCACUUUGGGUAAAGAAAUGGUGCCCUCUCAUUUUGUAAGAAUAGUGCUCACUGCCCCUGAUAUGGAUAUUUACAGCAGUGCUUCCCCCCCCCCACCCCACCCUAUUUGUUUAACAUUCAGAUGCCCAUUUUCCUAUGGAUAUAGCAGUGGGGCCCAAUGGGAAAUGGGAGCAACUAUAUAAAAGACUUCUCCUUGAGGUUGAUGAAUCUAUAAAACUAUGCAUUGUAUACGUAUACAUAAUAUAUUCAUACUGCUGAUGUUUUGAACUUGUUUCAUAUAUUCAUUCUCAGCUGGUGUUUAAUUUAUUUAAUCAGAAAAAUAUAUAUAUAUGAUCCAGAUGAACUGUUCAAGCCCAUGGACUUCUAGUCUGUUGAAUCAAGUAAUCAAAAUGAAGAUGUCAGUGUUUUGAAUAUGUUGACCUCUAUACACAAUUUUAAGCAACAAGUCUUGACCCCAUACACAUCGUCAAUAGUAAGUCUAGACCCCUGCACAGCUGUCAAUUUAUUGUUGACCUCUGUGCACUGCACUUACACUGUAAAAUCAUUGAUUUGCAGAGACUACUUACAAGAGGGGGCUGCAGUAUUAAAAUAGAUAUCUGUAAACAGUAUUCACUGUUAGCACUUUGUUUACUCUGCAAUACAUGUAUACUCACCAUCAAGUUACUUAUACACAGCUAUACAGUGUUCUAAAGUCAAGAUAUCUGCUCUGUACAAUUUCUACUGAUGAUUAAAUUGUUAUAUUCUAGAUGUGAAACAGAUAUUUGCUCACAAUCACCAAAAUUGUUCAUAAUCUCAAAACAUGAUGACUUGAUGAAAGGUGCUUUAUUAUAAGAAAUCCAUGUAAUUAUGCAGUUAUUCUAUUUAGUUAUACAGUAUAUUGUUAAGUCUACAUAUUGUGUAUGCUCAUUAAUAUUGGAAAAAGUAUAUAAUAAAGUUGAGUUUCA